AUCGAACUAUAUUUAUUUAUAAAUACAAGAAAAGAGGAGACAGAACCCAAAAUUCAGACCCACUCGUCUCUCUCUCACACUCACUCAAAUGGAGACAACACCUUCGUCCCCACCUUCCUCGCCGGAGAUUCUCAAUCUCGACUCUCUCAGAGCUCUCAAAAUCCUCGGACAAGGCGCCACUGGAACUGUCUUCCUCGCACACGACGUUGUUUCAGUCUCUUCCUCCUCUUCUCCCUUCGCCGUCAAACUUGUCCACAAAUCCUCAGCCUCCUCUCUCCGUCGCGCACGGUGGGAAAUUGAGGUCCUCCGUCGUCUCUCUGUUGAAACGAAUCAAAACCCUUUCCUCCCUCGUCUCUUAUCUUCCCACGAGUCACCGGAAAUUUUCGCCUGGGCUGUCCCGUAUUGCUCCGGCGGCGAUCUCAACGUCCUCCUUCGCCGUCAAAACGACGGCGUUUUCAGCUCCGCAGUUAUUAGAUUCUACGUGGCAGAGAUCGUCUGUGCGCUUGAGCAUCUCCACUCCAUGGGUAUCGCUUACAGAGACUUGAAACCUGAGAAUAUACUGAUACAGCAAUCCGGUCACGUUACAUUAACAGACUUCGACCUUUCCCGGAGCCUCAAAAAACCCACCCGACCCGAAUUAUAUCAACCCGACCCGGAAUUAUGCGCGGGUCGUAAAAAAAGUCGGAGCUUUUCUCGCUGGGUCUCGUCAGAGAGCAAGAAAACAAGAUCCGCUCGGGUCAACCCGAUUACCCGCCGGAAAACCAGUUUUUCCUCCGGCGAACGUUCCAAUUCCUUCGUCGGAACUGAUGAGUACCUUUCGCCGGAGGUAAUUCGCGGCGACGGUCACGACUUCGCCGUCGAUUGGUGGGCGCUCGGAGUUCUCGCCUACGAGAUGAUGUACGGAGAGACGCCGUUCAAAGGGAAGAGCAAGAAGGAGACUUUUCGAAACGUGCUGGUCAAGGAACCUGAGUUCGCCGGAAAACCUAAUGACCUAACGGAUCUUAUCCGGCUGUUGCUUGUGAAAGAUCCGAGUAGGCGGUUAGGUAGCCGCCGCGGCGCAGCGGAGAUAAAGGAGCAUCCUUUUUUCGCGGGAGUGAGGUGGGAGUUGUUAACGGAAGUUUUGCGACCUCCGUUUAUUCCGUUAAGAGAUGACGGGGAAUUAACGGUUGGUGGUGGGUUUGAUAUAAGGGAACAUUUGGAGAAACUGAGAUGGACACCGUCAUCUGCUCCUCCGUCACCGUUACAAUCUCCACCGCACGUGUGUCGUAACAGCGAUUCGUUCAUUGAUUUUUGAUCCACGUGUGUGGAAUUAACACGUACAAAGUUGUAGAUAACAUUUUUCUUCUUCUGUGUUGUAAAUUUUAUUUUUCUGAUUUUCAUUUGUAUGAAAAUCAUUGUAAAAUUAUUUAGAAGACUUCGCUUCACAAUCCGAAGAAAAACUAGCAAACUUUAAAUAAAAAGAAAUAUUGUUUUCAA